AUCACAGUGUUCAGUAGAUCUUGGCCACGGUCGGAGUUGGAAAGGUAUUUUUUUCUCUCAACAUGCCGCCACAGACACAGGAUGUAGUGAUAAACCAAAAUGAUAAGAAAUUACCCGACUGGAUUAAGACAGAGGUUUUUCAAGAGUUGCUAAAGAAACAAGUCAUUGGCUACAAGGCAACAAAGUCCUUGAGAGCUAGUGCUGGGGCAGCUGCUGGUGAAAAUUAUGCCACAAUAAUGUUUAGGAUUGAAUUUGAUGUGGAACUUAACGAUGAAACACAGAUCACCAAGGCAUUUAUGCUAAAAGCCCCACAUGAAACGGAAAUCUAUCAAAAAUUGCUUCAAAGCCAUAAUUUUUUCGAUAUAGAACGUGGCAUGUAUUUCAAAGUGGUUCCCGAAUUGGAGGAAUUGUAUCAGAAUGUGGGCCAUGAAAUCAAAUUUGGAGCUGAAUGCUAUGAGAUUGACAUUAAGGAUCAUUAUGUGUUGCUUGAGGACCUGAGGCCACGUGGCUUUCGAAAUGUUGAUCGAUUGAAGGGUCUAGACCAGGCUCACACCGAGAGUGUUUUACUUAAAUUGGCCCAAUGGCAUGCAGCAUCGGCGGUACGUGUCGCCUCGAAAGGAUCGUAUGAUGAAAAAUUCACUAAGGGCUUCUUUCGGGACCCAGAAGUCCUGCGCAUGCUAUGCACUAGGAAUCUCCAGAGCCUAUUAAAUUAUAUACAUUUGUAUGAAGGGCAUGAGCAAUAUUUAAACGAAUUGCAAAAUAUCACACCAAAAUUGUUGGAAGUGGUCAUGGAAAUGAGUGAGCCGCAUGAAGAUGACUUUAAUGCCUUGAAUCAUGGUGAUGCUUGGUCCAAUAAUAUAAUGUUUCAAUACAAUGAAAAGAAUGAAUUAAUAAAUACAUAUUUUGUCGAUCUUCAGAUACCCAAAUGGGGUUCGAUUGCGCAGGAUCUUUUGUACUUCUUGCUGUCGUCAACUGAAUUGGAUAUUAAAAUUAGUAAAUUUGAAUAUUUCAUUUCAUUUUAUCACAAAGAAUUGGUGAAGCAACUGACUUUAUUAAAGUAUACAAAAACUUUGCCCACCCUUAAGAGCAUUCAUCAUUCCCUUUACAAAUAUGGCGGUUGGGGAUUGUUUGCCAUUUUGAAUGUGAUGGGCGUUGUACUGCUGGAUUCUGACCCAAAUGCUAAUUUUGAAAGCUUCUUUGAGGACGAUGCGGAACAUAAAUCUAAUUUCAAAAAGUCUAUCUAUACAAAUCCCAGAUAUCGCAAGCAUAUGGAAAUAUUAUUACCUUGGCUGCAAUAUCGCGGUGCCUUGGAAUAAUAAUUAAAUAAUAAAGUGCAUUUGAAAUUUAGCAAAAAUUA